AUGUCGGCGGCCGUGGUAGAAGAUGCUCUUGCACCCACACUUGAAAACAUUCUCGAUCAAAAGACACUGAAAUGGCUCUUUGUCGGAGGCAAAGGUGGAGUAGGCAAGACCACCACCUCUUGCUCUCUCGCCAUUCAACUUUCCAAAGUUCGCGAGUCGGUCCUUCUCAUCUCGACCGAUCCUGCGCACAACCUUUCCGAUGCCUUCGGGCAGAAGUUCGGCAAAGAAGCAACCAAAGUCAACGGCUUUGACAACCUCUCUGCGAUGGAGAUUGACCCAAACUCUAGCAUCCAAGAAAUGAUCGAACAAUCAGACAGCUCCGGUGGUGCGAUGGGAUCUAUGAUGCAAGAUCUCGCAUUUGCCAUCCCUGGUGUCGACGAAGCGAUGGGGUUUGCUGAAAUCAUGAAACACGUCAAAUCGAUGGAAUACAGCGUUAUCGUCUUCGACACCGCCCCUACCGGUCACACUUUGCGUUUCCUCUCCUUCCCUUCGGUCCUCGAAAAAGCGCUCGCUAAAUUCUCCACUCUCGGUCGAUCGCUCGGUCCGAUGCUAGGCCAAUUCCAAUCCAUGCUCGGAGGAGGCGCCAACAACCAAGAAGACAUGUUUGCCAAACUGGAAAGCAUGCGUGAAGUCAUCACUGAAGUCAACACGCAAUUCAAGGACCCCGAAAAGACAACGUUUGUCUGCGUCUGCAUCGCAGAGUUCCUUUCACUCUACGAAACGGAAAGGUUGAUCCAGGAGUUGACGCAGUACGAGAUCGAUACACACGCGAUUGUGUGUAACCAGCUACUGUAUCCGAAGAAGGAUAGCAACUGUCAACAUUGCAGAGUGAGGAAACAGAUGCAGGAUAAGUACGUGGGAGAGAUGAUGGAGCUGUAUGCGGACGAUUUCCAUAUUGUCAAGAUGCCACUGUUGACGGAAGAGGUGAGAGGGACGGAGAAGUUGAAGUCUUUUAGCCAGUUUUUGAUCGAGCCUUAUACACCUCCAUCCGAGUAG